CUCCCUACAAAUAGCAUGAGUUACGCAUUUGGCAACACAAAAUUACAAAUAGCUUUCUUGAAUUUUCGUCUUAUGAAAGAGAACAUCGAGUUGACCUCAGCCGCAGCAGCAGCAGCAGGCAUAGUAAUCUUCAUGGAGCUCAAGUUUGUUUGUCUAACGUCGCUUAGAUAUUUCUUGAUCUCUUACAUGUUCGUAGAGUGGGUAAUACUAUUACACGAUUGUUAUGCUCUUUGGGCAAGACCCAUGUGGCGGUUUAUUUCCGCCACCCAAACGGCCACUACUCUAACUGUCGCCAAUCAACCACAAGACACCAGAAAGCUUUGUUGUCAUGGUAACAAGAAAUCAUUAGGAGUAGAUAUGAAUAUAAUUAUGGAAAGAUUAGGAAUGUUUUGGGAUCAUGAUGAUGAAAAGAGACGAAUUAUCGUCUCUGAGGAGAUAUUAGAUUUGUUCGCUGAAGAGGAGCCAAGCUUGGACGAAGUGAAGGAAGCUUUUGGUGUGUUCGAUAGAAAUAAAGACGGGUACAUAGAUGUAAAAGAGUUGCAAUAUGCGCUUUCUGAGAUGGGGUAUUUAAGAAUAUCGGAAAGUGAUUGUAGACGAAUGAUUGAUGGGUAUGAUGUCGAUAAAGAUUCGAAGAUUAGUUUCAGAGAGUUUUUGAGGCUCAUGGAAGACUGUUUUCGGUGAUUUUUCCUAGAAUUUAGUCGCCGGAGUCCCAGGGAAAGAGAUCUAAAAGUAGACUUUUACUCUGUUAUUCGGUAUUUUCGAUGAAUAUUAAUAAAGCUAGCCUUGUACGUAACUACGUAUCAUCUAAUUGGUAUAACGAUGUAUGAUAUGUGUUUACGUAUUGAAUCCUGAAUUCAUUAUUACUUGCGAUCGAGACUGAAAAUAAAAGUACCUAUACAUGAUGAGUUUGAAUCCA